UAUUAAACCCUACUGGCUAUUUAUUAAAUGACGUCGAUUUGCUUUAUUAUACUUUUAAUUAGUGUUAAUAUCCACGGGUUCUUUUUGAAGUAUUUAAUUAAUUAUGUUUUGUAGCGAAUCUUGCAAUUCUUGGAAGGAUGUGCUUGUUUUUUACUAGUUUUUUAAUCAACUCCCGUUUCUUGAUCUUCGCGAUCUUUAUGGCAUUUGUGUACGUGCGGUGUAAAUCGUGUUUUUCGAUUCUUUUUGACCCGAUUGAAUGCAAAUAGUAAAUUGGGGGAGGAGGUUUUCUAAAGAUUGCGAAAUAGAUUAAAUAAAUUAUGCCCGACAGUGUAUCUUGAGAUAUGGUUCUUGAUGGCUGUAGAUAAUUGCUGUUGUUGAAUGCUCGUGCUUAUCAUCUAAAGAGUUCUUGAUAUAUAUAUAUAUAUAUAUGUAUAUAUAAGAGUUCUUUCAUGUGUACCUUGUUUGAAACUAAUUUGCGCAAUCGCUUGUAGUUUUAUUGGAUCAAAUGGCUAUUUAAAAAUGUUUUAAUAACUCAAGAGUAUAAUUGAAAUAAAUGGGGAUAAAUCUGAUUACCUUGUAUUAAGAUUGCAUAUAUAAAUAAUGGCUCUGUUAUUAUGUAUGAUUGUAUAUGAAAGACUUCGGUUUACCCUAUCAGUCCCAAUAAGCAUUUUAUGGAAUCUGUAACAGCUGAGGGUAUUUGAGAUCUUGGUCAAGUUAAUUAUAAUCGAGAUGAUUGAUAAUGGUCUUGCAUUAUUAGUCACCUGAACAAGUUGGGCUACUAAAGAGAUUUGUUAAAGUGAAACGUAAUGUAUAUGAUUGAUGGUUUUAUAUUGUUGAGUUAAACCAUUUUGGCCUUGACCGACAAUUGUUAUGCUGCAUAUUCACAAUGUAUAGCAUUGAAUGAUGACUUCUCAUCAUAAUAGACCUAUAUAUAUAUACACACACACACACGCACGCACGCACCCACAGCCAUCUAUACAUGUGUUUAUAUGACAUAAGAAGACUUCUCCGGUGGGCUGCUGCCAACUGGUGUAGAAUUGACCUUCAGAUGGUUCUUAUGCAUCUCAUUGCAUACAUGCUUAAAUCCUUAGAUGGUGUGCUGCGACAUUUGUGGUGAUAUUGGUGUUAAAGAAGCCAUAAUCUUCUGCUGCCGUUGUAAGAGUAGUUGUGAGCACAUGUAUUGCAUGAAAACUCUUCUUCUGGAACAUGAUGAUUGGAUUUGUGAGGACUGUGAAUCUAGAUCUAAAGUGUUAUCUCUAGCGUCUCCUAUGACUGAACAACUACCUUGCAUUUCAAAAUUAUCUCACCCCUUAGAAGUGCAUAAUGAUAAAGUAAAGAAUGUACAAAGGAAAACAUUGGUGGAUUUACAGAGGAAGAAGGUUUCAUUUGCUUUGGGAAAGGUCACGUCAGGAAAGACUAAAUACGUCUGUCCUGAAGAAGCAACGCCACUCUCACCAGGAGCCGAUAACUCUCUGCCCAUUUUAAAGGGCACUUCUCAUUCAAGACCCAAUGAGAGAUUCAACACUCAAAGGUCUGAUAAUCUGGAGACCUCUAAACAGGAAAAAGCCGAUAAACUUUCAGGUGGUAAUGGUUGCAAAACUAUGGAGCUCAGGACCUCUAGUAUCAGACAUCUGAACAGAAAUCUUUUGUCUGAUCACGACACACAUGCAUACACACCUGCUUUGGGUGCCUCAUGGCUAGGAACCUUCAGCAUCCAUAAUUUUAGAAACCGGGAACUGAAUCUUCAUGUCCGUGCUCAUUCUCCUUCCCGAGUUCGUAAAAUGGUGCAUGAAUUCUCGAAGAAAAUGCCUGCAGUACUUCAAUUUGAAUUGGUUUCUUGCAAAAAGUUCUGGGUCUACUUUUUCAAGUGGUAUUUUCCAGAUACAAGAGACAUUGGACUUUAUUUCUUUUCACGUGAUGCAGAGAGGUGCACUGAUUUUGUCUCGUUUCUGGAAAUCAUAAACGAGGAGAACUUGGCAUUGAGGAAACAGAUUGGUGAAAUAGAGCUUCUUGUUUUCACUUCCAAACUUCUGCCUGUCGAUUGUCAAUACUGGCAAGGAAAGUACUACCUCUGGGGAGUGUUUCAUCGUCCAAAACAGAACCCUCUUGGUGCCUCAACAAUAUGCUACUGAAAUUGUUGGGACAAUCUUGGGAUGAUGCUCCGGGGACGGUUGUUGUGGGUAUUGACAUUUUGGGUGGAGUGUUUCUGGAAAAGAUAGAUGUUCAAAUAUAAAAAUAAACUCUAAAAGAACGAACCUACAUGCAUUAGCUAUGAAUAAUAGACCGUAAUAAAAAUUUAUGAUUGUCUGUGAAGUUAGAUUUAAGUAUGUGCCGGGUUUUGUCCUUUGGCAUAGCAAGAAUAUGGUCUCUGUGGAUAGAGUAUGAAUAGCAGAUGUUAUCAAAGCUCGAGUUCAAUGCUGAAAUGCAUUGUCACUUAAUUGCUACCAAAUCAUUAGAUUUCGUGUAUAUAAGAUAAUGAUCGUAGUAUUGGCUGAUUUUAUAGCUUCAAUUAUUUAUUAUUGAAUAUAAAGCUGGUCGUUUA